CAGUGACAUCUAUUUACAUGACAACGCUCCUGGUAACAAAUAGCAAACACAAGCACUUGUUGAAAUAUCGAUGAAUUGAGCGUUUCAUGGACAGUUUCUAGGUUAUAUCAGAAAAUUAUAGCGCGUUUGAAGGCAUCUUAAGUUUCCACAAUGUCGGGGGUGGAAGAAUUAGAGCUGAAUGAUUCCCGUGUGGAUUUCAUGGCUGAUUAUGUCAUCAAAACUCUGAAGAUAAAACCUGACAGAUUCGGGAAGAUGUAUGGUGUUGAAGAUACUAGACAAAUGUACAUGGAUUUCUUUGAAAAACCUGAAUGCAUGUCUCUUGUUGUUGGUCAGCCUGCAGGAACUCUGAUUACCUCAUUUACAUGGCCAAAUAAACCAAAAGCAAAGGCUUGUUAUUUUGUCAAGACUGCUCGCGAAGCCAUCAGCAAAGACGCAAAUUUGAGAACAGCUUUGAUAUAUGGAGAUCUUUCAUACGCUCCACUUGAUCAACUGUCAGCUUUCGUGGACGAGGUCUUGGUUCCAUUAUUGUCCAAUGAUAGAAACCAUGAUCAUUGGCCACAAGUUGUUUCUGCUGACGUCACAACACACUCCCACAGACUUAAAAGUGAUGUAUACGUUGUCUCAGGACAAGCCAAAGGGAAAACCUUACUGCCACUUCCUGUUGGCGCUGAUCAAGUGGAUGCUGAAGAUGACAGAACUGACACCAUGGAUAGACAACUGAUCCAUGCUAUUGAAUCAGUGGUGAUUGAGUGGACUCAUCAGAUCAGAGAUGUACUGAAGAAAGAUUCGGCUCAGCCAUUGUUAGAAGGUCUUAAUCCUACACCUUUUGUAGAAAUUGAGUUCUGGAAAAAUAAAUCAACCAAUCUUGAAUGUAUUUAUGAGCAGCUGAGAGACCCAAAAGUAAGAAAGAUGGCUGAACUGUUAGAGAGGACACAAAGCAGUUAUUUCCCAGUUUUUAAGGAUAUUUUCAGGGAUGUAGUAGCAGCACUUGAAGAGGCCAAGGACAUAAAUAUGUACCUACGACCAGCCAGACAUCACUUUGAGGAUUAUGAGCAGUCUGAGUUUGAUGAAAGUGGUCCAUUGAUGGCCCCUAUGAUGCAUACUAUUGCUCUGAUAUGGGUCCACUCUCAGUACUACAAUACACCAGCCAGAAUUAUUGUGUUACUGCAGGAAAUGUGCAACAUGAUUAUCAAUCACGCCAGAACUUUCUUGGACCCCACAGAGCUGUUUAAAGGUGAAUUGGAAGAAACCAUAGAGAAGGUCCGAAAAUCUGUUAACGUACUCCAUGUUUACAGAGAGACAUACGAAGACCACAAAGACAAAAUGAAGUCCUACUUUGGAGAUGGAGAAGAUGCUAGAGAAUGGGAGUUUGCUCCUAAGCUUGUCUUUGCUCGAUAUGACAAGUUCACAGAAAGGGUAGAAACUAUUUUGGAAUUAAUGGAAACUGCCAUGGAGUUCCUCAAGCUUGAAAAGAUAGAACUUGGUGGAAUUAAGGGGAAGCAACUCAGUGCACAAGUUAUACAGCUGUUUGAAGAAUUCAAUGCAGUGUAUAAUACAUUUACAACAAGGACUUAUGAUCCACUUGACCCAAGUAAUCCAGAAUUUUUGGAUGACUAUGCCAGAUUUCAGGAGAAGAUAAGUGACUUUGAUAGACGUCUUGCUACUAUUAUUUGUCAAGGAUUUGAUGACUGUGCUACUACCGAGUCUGUGUUCAAGUUGUUAGAUAUUAUGGGAUCUUUGUUGGACAGAGAACUGAUCAAGAACGACUUCGAGUGCAAAUACCCAACUAUUAUUCAGAUGAUGAGUAAUGAAUUAGAUAUCGCUAAGGCCAUUUACGAUGAACAAGUGGCUCUGAAGAAAGAAAGAGGAAAGGCUAGGAUGCAUAAGAACAUGCCAAAAGUUGCUGGUGGCUUAAGAUGGGCACAUGAACUGAGGGAAAGAAUCUCUGUUCCUAUGAAAGACUUUAAGCAUAUUGAACACUCAUGUAUGCAAGGAGAAGAAGCUAAAUUAGUUUAUACAAAAUAUGAAGAAAUGUUGGAACUUCUGAAUGGUUGGAAUGGUGAGGUAUACAGUGAAUGGACUGCUGGUGUAACUGAAGCGUGUUCAUUUAACAUGAGUCAGCCAUUGGUUGUCAGGAACGAGGAGACCAAACUCAUCACCGUAAACUUUGACCCUCAACUUACUGCCGUGUUACGGGAAGUCAAGUACUUAGAUGAGAACAGAGAGCAAGAAAUUCCUGAAUCUGCCAAAGGAAUGUUUGCUAAGAAUGAUACAUUGUGGCGUUUUGUUACCAACUUAGAUUUGACAGUUCAUUUGUAUAAUAAAGUUCGAAAUACUAUCCUGGAAGUUGAAUUCCCACUGGUUGAAGGACAACUACAAGAUAUUGAUGUUCAACUUGAACAGGCUGAGAAAUCUCUCAACUGGGAAAGUCAUGGUGUAUGGGAAUAUAUUCAAAAGACAAGAGAUCAAGUUAUCGAUCUGGAAUCACGUGUACAGAAGGCUAAAGAUAAUGUGGAAGAAAUUAAAAAACUUAUGUCAACCUGGAGCAAGACACCAUUGUUUGAACGAAAGGAAGAUAAACAUGAAACACUCCUCAACUUGGAUGACAGAAAAGAAAGACUCGAAAAACGUUACUCUAAUAUUAAAGAUAUUGGCAAAAAGAUACAUGAACUUUUACAGAACAACCUUGUAUUUUUCAAUGCUGAUGCUAACACAGACAUUUGGAAAGCCUAUGUUGAUUAUGUGGACGAGAUGGUAGUUGAUGGCUUCUUCAACACCAUACAUUGCAGUAUAAAAUUUGUCUUAGACAACACAGAUCCAAAGGUUGAAGUUGAUCCAAUGUUUGAAGCUCAGCUAGAACUACAGGUACCAGAGAUGGUCUUCAUUCCAUCUCUAGAUUACGGAGUUGCCGAUGGAUUUUAUGAUUUGGUUGAUGGACUCGUUGGCGAUAUUUACAAGCAAGCAUCAUUGAUUCCUCGUCUAGCUGCUCAUAGCGGACAGGAAAAUUAUCAGCCUGAUCUAGAAGAAAUGGAAGAAUUAUCUGACAUGAGAAGUGAACUUAUGGACAGAAUUAAUAAUAUAAUGAAUAAGGCUAUAGAGUAUAGGAACUCUUUUGAUAAUUAUGCUUACCUGUGGGUUGAUGAUAGGAACGAGUUCAUGAGACAGUUCUUACUGUAUAACCAUGUUCUCACACAAGAAGAGAUAGAAGCUCAUGCUGAUGACAGUGUACCGGAAAAUCCACCAACACUCAAACAAUUUAAAGAACAGAUUGACACCUAUGAGAAGAUAUAUGAGGAAGCAGAACAGAUACAGCCUACUCGAUUGUUUGAGAGCUGGUUUAGAGUCAAUUCUAAACCAUUCAAACAAGCUUUACUCAACACCAUCAAACGUUGGAGUUACAUGUUUAAACAACAUCUCAUAGAUCAUGUCACUAAUAGCUUGAAGGAGUUAACUGACUUUAUCAAGACAACUGAUGGAGGGUUAGAGAAACCAGUUGAAGAGGGUGAUUAUGAUGGUUUGGUCCAGUGUAUGGGUUAUCUACUGGCUGUUAAAGAUCGACAAGCUACUACUGAUGAGAUGUUUGAACCACUGAAACAAACCAUAGAAUUGCUGAAAACUUACGAUCAAGAAAUGCCUGAAGAAGUUCAUCUUCAGUUACAGGAAUUACCUGAGCAAUGGAAAAACACAAAGAAGAUUGCAAUAACUGUGAAACAACAAGUGGCACCACUGCAGGCUACAGAAGUGGCAAAUAUCAGACGUAAAACUGCCACAUUUGACGUCAACCAACACAAGUUCAGGGAAACGUUCCGUACCAUACCACCAUUCAGAUACAACUGUGAAAAGCCUUAUGAUAGCAUUGAUACUUACCACUUAGAAAUUGCAGAAAUGGAGAAAGAAAUGGCCAAACUUUUGGAUGCAGCCGGUUUAUUUGAGGUGAAUGUACCAGACUUCAAACAGCUGAAACAGUGUCGAAAAGAAAUCAAAUUACUAAAAACUUUAUGGGAUUAUAUUGUGAUGGUGAGGAGCAGCUUCGAGGAUUGGAAGACAACUCCGUGGAAAGAAAUCAAUGUAGAGCAGAUGGACAUGGAUUGUAAGAAGUUCGCCAAAGAUAUCCGUCAGUUAGACAAAGAAAUGAGAGCUUGGGACUCUUACACAGGAGUAGAAGACAGCGUAAAGAACAUGUUGACUUCACUCAGAGCUGUCAGUGAAUUACAGAAUGAUGCCAUUAGAGAACGUCAUUGGCAACAACUCAUGGCUGCCACUAAGGUACGUUUUGUUAUGGAUGAAAGCACUACUCUUGCUGACUUGCUCUCGUUGAAUCUUCACAAUUUUGAGGAGGAAGUGAGAACUAUUGUAGACAAAGCUGUGAAGGAAAUGAGUAUGGAGAAGGUACUUAAGGAGCUGGAUGUCACAUGGUCACAGAUGGAGUUUGAACAUGAUCCACAUCCACGAACAAAGAUUACUACGCUUAGAACAAGUGAAGAGUUGAUUGACACACUUGAGGAUAACCAGGUACAACUGCAAAAUAUGCUAUCAUCCAAAUUCAUUGCCCAUUUCCUACAAGAAGUUUCAGCUUGGCAAAAGAAACUGUCCACAGCCGAUCAAGUUAUCCAAAUAUGGAUGGAAGUUCAGAGAACUUGGUCACAUUUAGAAAGUAUUUUCAUUGGCUCAGAAGAUAUCAGAAACCAGUUGCCUGAAGAUUCCAAAAGAUUUGAUGGAAUUGACAGUGAUUUCAAGGAAUUAGUGUCUGAAGUGGAGAAGACAAAGAAUGUUGUUGAUGCUACUAACCAGCCUAACUUGUUUGACAGACUAGAGGCUCUUCAGGGGCAACUUACACUCUGUGAGAAGGCAUUGGCCGAGUAUUUAGAGACCAAGAGAUUGGCAUUCCCAAGAUUUUACUUCUGCUCUUCAGCAGAUUUGUUAGAUAUUCUGUCUAAUGGAAAUAAUCCACCAGUUGUUGCUCGUCACUUGACCAAACUCUUUGACAGCAUGGCUAACUUGAAAUUUGAGGAAGAUAGCAAAGGGAAUAAACUGAAGUCUGCCAUCGGCAUGCACAGCAAAGAUGGUGAAUAUGUUGACAUGGAAAAAGCAUGUGAUUUGAAUGGUCAGGUAGAGGUAUGGUUGAUGAGACUUCUUGAAGCCCAGUGUAGCACUGUCAGACAUCAGAUGACUGAAGCUGUUUCCUCAUAUGAAGAAAAACCAAGAGAUCAGUGGCUGUUUGACUUCCCUGCUCAAGUGGCACUGUGUGGCACACAGAUCUGGUGGACUACUGAAGUUAAUAUUGCAUUUGCUAGACUGGAGGAAGGUUAUGAAAAUGCUUUAAAAGAUUACAACAAAAAACAGGUCCAGCAAUUGAAUUCACUUAUCCAGAUGUUGAUUGGAAAGUUGAGUUCUGGUGAUCGUCAAAAGAUUAUGACCAUCUGUACUAUUGAUGUACACGCUCGUGAUGUCAUCACAAAAUUAAUCACAACGAAGGUCGACAGCUCCCAGGCCUUCAGCUGGCUUAGUCAGCUUCGUCACAGAUGGGAUGACAAUGAGAGAGAUUGUUUUGCUAACAUUUGUGAUGCUCAGUUCCGAUAUUCUCAUGAAUAUCUCGGCAACACACCACGUCUUGUCAUCACACCACUCACUGAUAGAUGUUACAUCACUCUUACCCAGUCCCUCCAUUUGAUCAUGAGUGGCGCCCCUGCUGGACCAGCUGGUACUGGUAAAACUGAGACCACCAAAGAUUUGGGACGUGCUCUUGGUGUCAUGGUAUAUGUGUUUAACUGUUCAGAACAGAUGGACUACAAGUCCAUUGGUAACAUCUACAAGGGUCUGGCCCAGUCAGGAGCAUGGGGAUGUUUUGAUGAGUUUAACCGUAUUGCGGUUGAAGUGUUGUCUGUAGUGGCCGUACAGGUCAAAUGUAUUCAGGACGCCAUUAGAGAAAAGAAAACUGAAUUCAACUUCCAGGGAGGGAUAAUCAAACUUAAAUGGACAGUUGGUCUGUUCAUCACCAUGAACCCUGGUUACGCAGGAAGGACUGAAUUACCAGAGAAUCUUAAGGCAUUAUUCAGACCUUGUGCUAUGGUUGUCCCAGAUUUUGAACUUAUUUGUGAAAUCAUGUUGGUAGCUGAAGGUUUCCUUGACGCUCGUCUCUUGGCCAGAAAGUUUAUUACCCUGUACACUUUGUGUAGAGAACUUUUGUCUAAACAGGACCAUUACGAUUGGGGUCUAAGGGCCAUCAAAUCUGUACUUGUAGUGGCUGGUUCACUGAAGAGAGGGGAUCCUGACAGACCAGAAGACCAGGUAUUGAUGAGAGCUUUGAGAGAUUUCAACAUUCCAAAGAUUGUCACUGAUGAUGUACCAAUUAUCAUGGGUCUGAUUGGUGAUCUGUUCCCAGCACUCAAUGUACCAAGGAAGAGGGAUAUGGAUUUUGAACAGAAAAUCAGACAAGCUGUCCUUGACCAGAAACUUCAGCCAGAGGAUAAUUUCAUUUUGAAGGUUGUACAGCUGCAGGAAUUAUUUGAUGUCCGUCACUCUGUCUUCUGUCUAGGGAAUGCUGGUGUUGGUAAAAGUAAAGUUUGGGGUUCCCUGAUCAGGACGUACAGAAACGCUGGCAGGAAACCACAAGCUAUUGAUCUGGAUCCCAAGGCUGUCACAAACAAUGAACUUUUUGGUAUCAUUAACCCAGCAACCAGAGAGUGGAAAGAUGGUUUGUUUUCUGUGAUUAUGAGAGAUCUUGCUAACUUGUCUACAGACAGUCCAAAGUGGAUUGUUCUUGACGGAGACAUUGAUCCUAUGUGGAUUGAAUCCCUCAACACUGUUAUGGAUGACAACAAGGUAUUGACACUUGCCAGUAACGAGAGAAUUCCACUGACUAAUAGCAUGAGACUGUUAUUUGAGAUCAGUCACUUGAGAACUGCUACCCCUGCUACUGUGUCUAGGGCUGGUAUCCUGUUCAUCAACCCUACUGAUGUGGGAUGGAAUCCAUAUGUACAGAGUUGGAUUGAUACACGAGAAGUUCAGUCAGAAAGAGCUAAUUUGACCAUCCUGUUUGACAAAUAUGUUCCAGUCUUGUUAGAUGUGCUCAGGACUAGAUUCAAGAAGAUCACACCUGUUGCUGAAGUCAGUCAUAUUCAAAUGUUGACCUUCUUACUGGAAUGUCUGCUGACAGUAGAAAACACUCCCCCUGAUUGUAAUAAAGAACUGUAUGAGUUGUACUUUGUGUUCGCCUGUGUUUGGGCAUUUGGUGCUGUUAUGUUCCAAGAUCAGUUGAUUGACUACAGAGUUGAGUUCACUAAAUGGUGGAUAACUGAAUUUAAGACUGUUAAAUUCCCAGGAGCUGGUACAGUGUUCGAUUAUUACAUAGACCCAGAAUCCAAAAAGUUUGAACCAUGGACCAAGAAAAUUGAAAAAUUUGAAUUGGACCCAGAAAUACCACUUCAGGCUGCAUUGGUACACACAGCAGAAACAACAAGAGUCAAAUUCUUUUUGGACAUGUUGGUAGAGAAGAAACGUCCAGUUAUGUUAGUGGGCAAUGCAGGUACAGGUAAAACUGUACUCAUGCAGGACAAGCUCAGGAGUAUGUCAGAAGAUUUCAUGAUUGCUAAUGUACCCUUUAACUUCUACACAACAUCACACAUGUUACAAGGUGUACUCGAGAAACCAUUAGAAAAGAAAGCUGGUAGAAACUUUGGUCCACCAGGAACUCGUCGGUUGAUCUACUUUGUUGAUGAUAUGAACAUGCCGGAGGUUGACAAGUACUUCACAGUACAACCUCAUACCUUGAUCCGACAACAUAUUGACCAUGGUCAUUGGUAUGAUAGGCAGAAAUUGUCACUGAAAGAAAUCCACAAUACUCAGUAUGUAGCCUGCAUGAAUCCAACAGCUGGUAGUUUCACUAUUGAUUCCCGACUUCAGCGGCACUUCUGUGUAUUUUCUGUCAACUUCCCAAGUUUGGAUGCUUUAACAACUAUCUAUACCAACAUCUUACAACAACAUCUUGCCAUCAACGGUUUUGCUGGUGGAGUACAGAAAUAUGCAGGAACAAUUAUACAGGGGGCAGUAACUCUCCAUACCAGAGUGACAACUACUUUCCUACCAACAGCGAUCAAGUUCCACUAUAUAUUCAAUUUGAGAGAUUUAUCAAACAUUUUCCAGGGUAUUCUGUUUGCCAUGCCGGAUGCUGCUAAAACCCAAGUAGACCUGGUCAGAUUGUGGCAACACGAGGCUGAAAGAGUGUAUAGGGACAAACUAGUCGAUGAAAAGGACUUGGAAGCUUAUGACAAACUUGUUAAAGAUGUCAUUAAAAAAUCAUUUGAAGACAUUGAGGAAGCAGCUUUGGUUAAAAAUCCUCUUAUUUAUUGUCACUUUGCUCAAGGUAUAGGAGAUCCUAAAUACUUUUUGGUGGAUGACUACGCAAGCUUAAAUAAAAUCUUGGUUGAAUCCUUGGAUAAUUACAAUGAACUAAAUGCGGCUAUGAAUCUUGUACUUUUUGCAGACGCUAUGAGCCAUAUUUGUAGAAUCAACAGGAUUUUAGAAUCACCUCGUGGUAACGCUCUAUUGAUUGGUGUAGGUGGUAGCGGUAAGCAGAGUUUAUCCCGUCUAGCAGCCUUCAUCAGCAGUUUGGAUGUGUUCCAGAUAACCCUGAGAAAAGGUUAUAGCAUUGCCGAUUUAAAACUUGAUAUUUCUGCCCUAUACUUAAAGACUGGUUUGAAGGGCAUGGGCAUGGUGUUCUUAAUGACUGAUGCCCAAGUAGCCGAUGAAAGGUUUCUGGUAUUGAUCAACGAUCUGUUAGCUUCCGGUGAAAUUCCUGAUCUUUUCCCAGAUGAUGAAGUUGAAAAUAUUAUAAAUGGUGUAAGAAAUGAAGUUAAAGGCGUGGGAUUGGAAGAUUCCCGGGAAAACUGCUGGAACUUUUUCAUUGAUAGAGUUAGAAGGAUGUUGAAGGUUGUUUUGUGCUUCUCUCCUGUCGGUUCCACUCUCCGUGUCAGAAGUCGUAAGUUCCCAGCCGUAACCAACUGUACAUGUAUUGAUUGGUUCCAUGAAUGGCCUGUUGAAGCUCUCAACUCUGUGUCAGCAAGGUUCUUAGAAGAUAUAGAAAUGUUAAAUCCUGAGAUGAGAGAAUCUAUUUCUAAGUUUAUGGGAUAUGUGCAUACAUCAGUAAAUGAAAUGUCCCAUACUUAUCUUACCAACGAACGAAGAUACAAUUACACCACACCAAAGAGCUUCUUAGAACAGAUCAAACUUUACCAGAACUUAUUGGAAAAACAAAACGUAGACUUACAAGGCAAAAUAGUCCGUCUAGAAAAUGGUCUGGAAAAAUUGAGGAGCACAGCAACACAAGUAUCUGAUCUGAAAUCUAAACUAGCUUCACAGGAAGUAGAAUUAGCCCAGAAGAACGAGGAUGCAAAUAAACUUAUUACUGUUGUUGGUGCUGAGACAGAAAAAGUAUCGAAAGAGAAAGCUAUUGCUGAUGGAGAAGAAAAGAAAGUUACGAAGAUUAACGAAGAAGUCAGUAAGAAACAGAAAGAAUGUGAGAAAGAUUUGGAGAAGGCUGAACCAGCUUUGGCAGCUGCUGUAGAAGCUUUGAAUACUUUGAACAAGACAAAUUUAACAGAAUUGAAGUCUUUUGGUUCUCCACCACCAGCUGUUAUCAAUACAUUAGGUGCUGUCAUGUGUUUACUUGCACCAGGAGGAAAAGUACCCAAAGAUAAAAGUUGGAAAGCUGCCAAGAGUUCAGUAAUGAACAAGAUUGAUCUUUUCCUGGACAAUCUAGUGAACUAUGACAAAGACAACAUCCAUGAGAACUGUCAGAAGGCAGUCCAACCUUAUCUCGCUGACCCAGAAUUCAAUCCAGAUUUUGUCAGAGGAAAGUCCUUUGCUGCUUCAGGUCUUUGUUCAUGGGUCAUAAAUAUCAUGUCCUACUUUGAAGUUUACUGUACCGUUGAACCAAAACGUAUUGCCUUAGCACAAGCUAAUGCUGAGUUACAAGCUGCAACUGAGAAAUUACGCCAAAUUAGAGCAAAAUUGGCUCAGCUGGAAGCAGAUUUGGCCAAAUUGACAGCAGAAUUUGAAAAAGCUACCAAUGAAAAAAUCAAAUGCCAACAAGAAGCAGAUAUGACUGCCAAAACUAUUGAGCUGGCCAAUAGAUUAGUUGGAGGGUUAGCAUCAGAGAAUGUUCGUUGGGCUGAGUCAAUCGGUAACUUCAAAGAACAAGAAAAAACUCUUCCUGGUGAUGUAUUACUUACUACGGCAUUUGUAUCAUAUGUGGGAUGCUUCACAAAACAGUACCGUUUAGAUCUUAUGGACGGACAUUGGGUUCCAUUCCUGAAAGGACUCAAGUUCCCAAUUCCCGUUACUGAAGGUUUAGAUCCACUCUUUUUACUAACUGAUGAUGCACAGAUAGCUUCUUGGAACAACGAAAAUCUCCCAAGUGACAGAAUGUCAUCUGAAAAUGCCACCAUUUUGACCAACUGUGAAAGAUGGCCUCUGAUGAUAGAUCCUCAGUUACAAGGUAUUAAAUGGAUCAAAACCAGACAUGGAAACGAUCUUAAAAUCGUUCGUCUUGGCCAGAAGGGUUAUCUUGAUGCCAUUGAAAAGGCUGUGGCCAAUGGGGACGUUGUUCUUAUUGAAAACAUUGGAGAAACUGUUGAUCCUGUGUUAGAUCCUUUGAUUGGGCGUAACACUAUCAAGAAAGGUCGUGCUAUAAGGAUUGGAGACAAAGAAGUAGAUUACCAUCCAGAAUUUAAAUUAAUCUUACAGACUAAAUUGGCAAACCCUCAUUACCAACCAGAAAUGCAAGCUCAAACAACUCUCAUUAACUUUACCGUCACUAGAGAUGGAUUGGAAGACCAGUUGUUGGCAGCUGUUGUCAGCAAGGAAAGACCCGAUUUAGAAAAACUUAAAGGAGAUUUGACCAGACAACAGAAUCAGUUUAAGAUCACUCUGAAAGAACUUGAAGAUUCUCUUUUAGCUCGAUUGUCUGCCGCUGAAGGCAACUUCCUGGGUGACUAUGCUCUUGUUGAAAAUCUGGAACAUACGAAGAGAACUGCAGCAGAAAUUGAAGUGAAAGCUGAACAAGCUAAGAAAACGGAAGUAGACAUUAACUUGGCAAGAGAGAAUUACCGACCUGCUGCAGCUAGGGCGUCAUUAUUGUACUUCAUAUUGAACGACUUGAACAAAAUACAUCCAAUGUACCAGUUCUCACUCAAGGCCUUCAGUAUUGUAUUUGAGAAAGCUAUAGACAGAGCUGAAGCCUCAGAAGAACUGAAAAUAAGGGUGGACAACUUGAUUGACUGUAUAACAUAUUCUGUGUUCAUGUAUACUGCUAGAGGUCUGUUUACAAGAGACAAGAUUAUAUUCACAGCACAGAUGACAUUCCAGGUUUUGUUGAUGUCUAAAGACAUAAACCCAGCAGAACUGGAUUUCCUUCUACGAUUCCCUAUCGUACAGAAUAUUACCAGUCCUGUAGAUUUCUUGAAUAAUAGCAGCUGGGGAGGAAUUAAGGCAAUGGCCAACAUGGAGGAGUUCCGUAAUUUGGAUCGUGACAUUGAAGGAUCAGCAAAGAGAUGGAAAAAGUUUGUAGAAAGUGAGGCACCUGAAAAGGAAAAAUUCCCACAAGAAUGGAAAAAUAAGUCUUCCCUGCAGAAACUUUGUAUGAUGAGAGCUCUGAGACCUGACAGAAUGACUUAUGCUAUCACUGACUUUGUAACAGAAAAGCUUGGUGUAAAAUAUACUGAAGGCAGAAGUGUGGACUUUGCCAAAUCAUUUGAAGAAUCAGGUCCAUCUUCUCCAAUAUUCUUUAUCUUGUCUCCUGGUGUCAAUCCACUGAAGGAUGUGGAAAUGCAUGGUAAAAAGAUCGGAUUUACAGACGACAACAAGAACUUCCAUAACAUUUCAUUAGGACAAGGUCAAGAAGUUGUUGCUGAACAGGCCUUAGAUAUUGCAGCCAAAGAUGGACACUGGGUCAUUUUACAGAAUGUUCAUUUAGUGCAAAAUUGGCUAUCUACACUAGAGAAGAAACUUGAAACCUACAGCGAAGAAAGCCAUGCAGAUUAUCGUGUGUUUAUAAGUGCUGAGCCAGCAGCAUCUGUUGAAUAUCAUAUCAUACCACAAGGUAUCCUAGAGGCAGCCAUUAAAAUCACCAACGAACCUCCAACUGGCAUGUUUGCUAAUCUUCAUAAAGCUUUGGACAACUUUGACCAGGACACUUUGGAAAUGUGUGCCCGAGAGAGUGAGUUCAAGAGCAUCUUGUUCUCAUUAUGUUACUUCCAUGCCGUUGUCUGUGAGAGACGUAAGUUUGGACCCCAGGGCUGGAACAGAGUAUACCCAUACAAUACUGGAGAUCUGACCAUCAGUGCUAUGGUGUUGUACAAUUACUUAGAGGCUAAUACCAAGGUUCCAUGGGAAGAUCUGAGAUACUUGUUUGGAGAGAUUAUGUACGGUGGACACAUCACAGAUGAUUGGGACAGACGUCUUUGUAAGACAUAUCUAGAAGUCUACAUGCAUCCAGAUAUGCUUGAUGGUGAAUUAUACCUAGCCCCAGGAUUCCCUAUCCCACCAAACUCUGACUACAAGGGAUACCAUGCUUUCAUUGAUGAAUGUUUACCACAAGAAAGUCCAUAUUUAUAUGGUCUCCAUCCUAACGCUGAGAUUGAGUUCUUGACCACGACAUCUGAGAACCUGUUCAGAACUGUAUUUGAGAUGCAGCCUAGAGACGCUGGAGCCUCUGCUGGUACUGGAGUUAGUAGGGAAGAAAAGAUCAAGAGUAUUUUGGAUGAGAUUGUUGAGAAACUACCUGAUGAGUUCAACAUGUUAGAGGUGAUGGCUAAAGUUCCUCUGGAAGAGAGGACACCAUAUGUUGUUGUAGCCUUCCAGGAGACGGAGAGAAUGAAUGGACUCACCUCAGAAAUAAGACGUACACUUAAAGAACUGGACCUUGGAUUAAAGGGAGAGUUGACCAUCACAGCUGAUAUGGAGAGCUUAGGAAAUUCCUUGUUCUUGGAUGUGGUUCCAGAGGGUUGGUCCAAGAAAGCCUACCCAUCCCUGCAUGGUCUUGGUACAUGGUAUGCUGACUUACUGAUUAGAAUUAAAGAACUUGAAACAUGGGUUUCAGACUUCCAACUCCCAGCGGCUGUCUGGCUUGGUGGCUUCUUCAAUCCACAGUCAUUCUUAACAGCUAUUAUGCAGCAGAUGGCUAGAAAGAAUGAGUGGCCACUGGAUCGUAUGGCGCUACAAUGUGACGUCACUAAAAAGACCAGAGAAGAUAUGGCUGGACCUCCUAGGGAAGGUGCUUAUGUCCAUGGUCUCUUCAUGGAAGGUGCCCGCUGGGAUAUGCAGACCAGUUUGAUUUCAGAGGCCCGCCUUAAAGACCUUGCUCCAGCUAUGCCUGUUAUCUUCAUUAAGGCUAUUCCUGUUGACCGCAUGGACACUAGGAAUAUUUAUGAGUGUCCUGUGUAUAAGACCAAGACAAGAGGACCAACAUUUGUCUGGACCUUUAACCUCAAGUCCAAGGAGAAGGCCAGUAAAUGGAUCCUUGGUGGAGUGGCCCUUCUGCUCCAAGUUUAAGAAAUCAGGACUACAUUUAUUCAUUCAAUGAAAUUUUUUAUCUAAAUGACUUACAAAUUUGACAUUUACAAGGUGAACUUAUGUACAUUCCAGUCUGAUAAUUGAAUUUUAUUCCAACAUUCCGGUAUUUAUAUUGAUGAAAUGAAUUUAUACCAAUUUUUUUAAUGACAAUUCCAAUUACCUAAAGCUGGGAUUUUUUUUUGGCUGAUUGUUAUAUUGGCAUAAUUCAUUACAAAUAUGAAAUAAAUAGGAUUCUUUCUUUGCUGGUAGAAUGUAAAUUAUGUAAAAUGUAAAACUAAAUUGUUUAAGACUAUUUUUUCAAACAUUUAUUUUUUAUCAUUAGAGUAAGGAUAAAAGGCCACCUACUGGCCUCUUGUAGUCAACUAAAAUAUAAUAUAGAACUUUGUUUUUUUUAAA